GUCGCUCUGCUCUUCUAUGGUGGCUCAGACGCUCAGCAUGAAGAUUCAGGAGAGUCCGGAGGCGGGCAGGACCCUGGGCGAGCCGGAGAGAGGCAGGACCCUGGGGGAGCCGGAGGCGGGCAGGACCCUGGGCGAGCCGGAGAGAGGCAGCUGUGAGGACGUGCCGCGGCUGACCACUCUGACAGAGGACGGCGACUGGGGAGAUUCUCCCUUCUUUAGCGCCCCCUUCCUUGAUUUUAAAAGCUUUUUCCAUCAGAGUUGCCAUGAUGAGCCAGCCCCGGCCUACUCGUCGUGGCAGAGGGAGAGCAUGGACCGUGACGAGGCCCGCCUGGCCCCUCACCCCGGGGGGCGCCUCAUCCGCCAGCUGGAGGAGGAGGGAGACCCCAUGCUGUCGCCUCGCUCCUACGCUUACGGACACUGCCAGCACUACCUGGACGACACAGAGGUCCCACCCUCACCCCCCAACGCUCACUCCUUCGUCAGUCGCAGAAGGAGUUCCUCUCUGGGCUCCUGUGAUGAUGAGAGAGAGGAGCUGACCUCAGCACAGCUCUCCAAGAAGAUCCAUGGGUUGAAGAGGAAGAUCCGCAAGUACGAGGAGAAGUUUGAGGAUGAGCGCAAGUACAGGCCGUCUCACAGCGACAAGGCGGGUAACCCAGAGGUUCUGAGAUGGAUGAACGAACUGGCCAAGCUGCGAAAGGACCUGAAAGAGAGCAGGCUGAUGAAGUCUGAGGAGGACCUGCCCCCCCUGACGCGCCAGCGCAGCAACACCCUCCCCAAGAGCUUCGGCUCCCAACUGGAGAAGAAGCCCCCCCAGCCCCCGGUGGAGGCCACCCUGGGGGCCACCCUGGAGGCCACCCUGGGGGCCGUGCAGAGCCGGCUGCAGGAGAAGAGGGAGGAGGUGGGCCGGCCCAACGACAUCAAGGAUAUGACACGUGAGCAGAUCGGAGCAGAGAAAGUGGCACUCCAGAAGGCUCUUCUCUACUACGAGGGCAUCCAUGGACGACCAAUCACCAAGAGCGAGAGGCUGAUCAUGAAGCCUCUGUAUGAUCGAUAUCGCCUGGUCAAACAGAUACUCUGCAGAGCUUCCACAAUCCCAGUCAUCGGUUCCCCAUCCAGCAAGCGCAGGGGCCUCCAGCUACAGCCCAUAAUAGAGGGCGUUCCCGCUCUCUUCUUUGACGACAUCAAGGAGGAGGAGGACGGCUCGGAGGACGAGGGGGAUUUCAAGCCUCCGUCCUGCGUGACGGAGCGUCCGGACCUCAGCAUGCUGGGCUUCCUGGAGCAGCUGGAGGAGGAAGGCUUCAUCUCCCCGGUGGACGAGCUGUCGCCCUCCAGAAGCACCACCGACAUGAGGCUGUCCAACCUGCACUCUGCCACCAUGGAGGAGCUCGUGGUGCAGCUGCAGGAGGCCAGGGAGGAGAAGAAGAGGAUACGCAAAAACCUCAGAGAGUUUGAGGACCAGUUCUUCAGGCAAAACGGAAGAAACGUGCAGAAGGAAGACCGCUCCCCAUUGGCUGUCGAGUAUAACGAGUACAAGCAUGUCAAGGCCAAGCUCCGCCUGCUGGAAGUGCUCAUCAGCAAGAGAGACUCUUCCAAGUUCAUCUAAACACGGAUAAACAACCAUGAGGACUAACUACAGAGACUCUAUCUUGAGAUGGACGACCCUGUGAAUACCAAGCCUCCAUAAAGACAACGUUCAAGAUAUUUUCCUUUUGUUUCUUUCUUCCAUUCACCCUCCCUUCCUUUUUUUCUCCUGCCAUCUGUGUUGUUCACACGUUUGUCUUGAGCGGCCCGCUAGCUGCGUGGCUAAUCCCCGCUAUCUGCGUGGCUAAUCCCCGCUAGCUGCGUGGCUAAUCCCCGCUAUCUGCGUGGCUAAUCCCCGCUAGCUGCGUGGCUAAUCCCCGCUAGCUGCGUGGCUAAUCCCCGCUAUCUGCGUGGCUAAUCCGUACCGUGGAGAUCUCCUUGGUUUCCCUCUCUGGGAGCCAGGAGUCUGGUGGGAUGUGUCCCGACAGGAAGUGAGGACAGCAGUCUGGUGGGAUGUGUCCCGGCAGGAAGUGAUGACAGCAGUCUGGUGGGAUGUGUCCCGACAGGAAGUGAUGACAGCAGUCUGGUGGGAUGUGUCCUGACAGGAAGUGAUGGAGAGCAGUCUCCAUGUUGCUGUUUCCAACUCCCAAACAGAGCUGCCACUUUCAAAAUGUCUGCCGUUUUGGCAAGAGAGAGGGUGUCAGUUGGACAGCAAGCUGGACGAAACAUCAGUUGAUUUGAUUUGCAACUCACAAAAGUGUUUUGUAUUAUUUAUUUUCAUCCUAUGAAUGUUUUAAUUGUUGCUGAUAGUUUUUACAUCAAAGCAGAGAGAAUGUUUAUUUUUCUUGGGGGUUUUGGAUUUAACUCUUAAUAUGUAUAAAUUGUAUUUCUUUUACAGAUUUUAAAAUCAAAGAAAGUAGGAGGGCUGUUGCAUAGUUUUGUAAGGGAGACAAUUACAAUCAGAACAAAUCAAACUGUGUUAAAAAACGUUUUACUUCCUCAUGAUUAAUGCCAAGCUUACCUGAAAUGAAAUAAUGUUAACCGAGGAAACUUAACAUUCUUGACAUUAUUAUUUUUUACAUCUAACAAAAAUUAACUAAGAGCAGCAUUGAUUUGUAGAAGAAUGCAGAACAAGUAGUGUUGUAGGACGAGUGUGAUCCAAAGACAAUAACUUGGAUGAUUUCAUACCAAAAUAGCAUAGUUAUAGUGCAUCAAUGUAUACAUUAUCAUAGUUUAGAUCUUGUGAUCACUGGUUGCUAAGGUUACGCGUUCGACUUCCUGUUUCUUUGUGUUGUUUCUUUCACUUUGUGUAAAAUCAGCUGUUUUCUGUCCCAGUAUGUUUCAAGGGCCCGUAAACCAUCUCUGAUCCUUCAGCCUGACAUGCUGUUCUCAUCUUCAGUCUGUUCCUUGUAAAUAUAGAUCACAAUCUGUGUUUGCAUUGCAAGAUAAGCAAGUACAUCUUUUUUUGUCUUCAAAAUUGAUAGUUUUUGACAGUGUGACUUUCGUUUUUAUUGAAUGUAAACACUGGUGGACAUAAUGAAUUUGUGUGUGUACAUUUUAGUACAUAAAUCGUAUUUGUAUUUUGUAUAUAUUAUAUAAAACCAGACGUAUUUUUACUGA